AGGGAUAAUCAUACGAAAUGAAUUUUAACGUCUGGAAUAUCAAAGAUAUGCUCAGUAUUCCCUCAGGCUCUGGGACCACCAAGUCAUCUAACUGGACUAGUAAUCAGACUGAUCACUCCAGUCUCAGUGAUUCUCAGUUCCUCUUUGGAUCCCAGUUCUGUCCAGAAAGUUCAGAGACCCUGUCAGCACCACUGGACUUUGGUGUCCAUUUGAGAGAUCCAAAACAAUUACAAAAGAAUUCUCUGGAUAGUGAACCUAAUAUUUUCACAAAGUACCAGACAAAACCCCAGCUGUUUGGAGAAGAUCCAAAAGAUGGAGGCUUAUUUCCUCUUCCUUUGCCAGUUGGAAAAUCAAAAGGCCUCUUGGAACAAUUUGAGGAGAAAAAGAAGAGAGCAAAAGACAAAUGUGACAGUGAGACUCUACACAACUUCAUUUCCCAUGUCAGAGAAAGCAUUCACAAAUUGCAGACUUCCGUAGAAAAGUCUGAGGAACAUCUCAGUUUAAGAAGCCAGUCUAUUUUGGAUUCUUUGGAGACUGUGGCCAAGACAUUGCAAGAAACUGCACGGGCCCAGAGUGCUCUGGUGUUGGAAACGAUACAGGACAAAGGCAACAUGGAGCAGGCCAGCCUUGAGAUGCAGAAGAGAUUUGAAGCUAGACAAGCAGAGUUUAUAGAAAUGAAGUCCAACCUGAAGCACCUUGAAGUGUUAGUUGCCCAGCAGAGUAAGGACUUCCAGCAGCUGUGUGAGCAGCUGGGCCAGCUGAAUGUGCCCAGUGUCCUGGCAGAGCUGAAGAGGUUACUCUCGGUGUCUCGGGGAUGCGGGCAUGUGAAAGACAGCACUUCCCAGACUUCGCCGCUGCUGGCCCAGAGCCUCAGUUUCACCAGGCAGGACAAGCAUGCCUCCGAGGAGCCAGCUAUGGGGCAGGCCCAGGCACACUCUGCUGCGCAGGACCUGAGGAUGGGCUCCCUGCGGCCUGGGGAGUUUGGUGUCUGGGGUGAGGGAGCAAAGAGGGCAGCUCUCCAGGAAGAGGCUGUGCUGCUGGCAGUUGGAGGCGGCAAGAGAAGCAGGCGAGUCAGGGACAAGGCCGCGCGGACUAACUGCAAGAAUCAGCCUAUGACUACAAGCUCGGAGAACCAUGGCUCCAGCAUUCCAGGCCACCAGGUUCCUGGUGUCAGGGACCUGCUUUCCCAAGGAGCCUUGCGGCUUAUCUCCCUGGACUUAAACAAUUCUGUAACCAUCCAGAAACGUCAAACCAAAGACGUGUUUUCAUGUGAUCCUUGUGAGCGCAGGUCGGUGACUGGACAGACAGGCAGAACUGUAGGGCAAAAGGGGAAAGGCCGGCGGCAGCCCAGGAAAACCCCCAGAGGCAGGCCUCCAGCCAGAGAGCAAGGGCAAACCAGAGGCAAAACCUGUGCUUCCAAUUCCAAAUGUCCGCAGUCUCUGGCUUCUGACUCACAGAGUUCCCCCCCAGAGCAGCAGGGACCCCUUGCGCAGCCCCUGCGUCUGUGUGGCCCCAGGAACCUCACAAAACCAGUCUGCCCUGCUCUGGGAGGAGCACUCACACCCAAGACAGGAGAGGCAGUUCAAGGGACCGUCCUGCAGCUCAGCAGGUCCUGUUCCCAAGGCAAUAGCAAGCUUUCCAACAGCCCCAAGGGCGACCACCAAAUGAGCUGGUUCAGUGACCUCAACCCUGAAUGUUCCCAGUCUCCUCUGUGCAAGCAACCAGGAAAGAAUGUGCUCUAUGACCUGGGUUUUGAUAGCAGCGAUGAUGGCUUCUGA